AUGCAGCCGCAGCAGCUCCCGCCUAUGCAGCUGCAGCAACUCCCGCCGAUGCAGCCACAGCAGCCCCCGCCAAUGCAGCCGCAGCACCAGCAGUGGGCGAUGAUGCCCCCGCAGCCUCCGCAGUACCACCAGCCCCAGAUGCCUCCUCCCAUGUGGAACCAGCAGCCGUCUCAGAUCCCGCCGCCGCAGCCGGUGCCUCCGCCUCAGCCGAUGCUGCUCCAGGUUCCCCCCCAGGCGCAACCUCUACCUGUGCAGUACCAGACGCCUGCACCGGUGCCCACCGUUGCGCCGCAGCCGGGGUCUGCAGAUGAGAUUCGCUCUCUCUGGAUCGGUGAUUUGCAGUACUGGAUGGAGGAGACGUAUAUUCACAGUUGCUUUGCGAGCACCGGGGAGGUAAACUAAAUUCUUAUUUUCCGAUCAGUUUGGUGUCUUUCACAACGAGACGCAUUUCAACGUCGACUUCAUUACGACGAAGGAUGCAUUUCUCUUAGUCCGUUUUGUAUGAUUCACGCUUUCUCUGUUUCUUCACAUAGUCUCGUUCCCCACAGAGGGAAAAUUAUGUAAAUUCAGCAUAUGAAAUCAGUAGUUAAGGCAUGAAUCAUCGUCGUAUCGUCAUCAUAUCCAGAUCAAACCUUUGACAGUGAGCCCUUGGCAAACAUCUUCACAUGUAAUUAUUUGUCUUCAUUUCCAUGUUGUAAUACUGGUCUGCCGCACAUGGUGCCUCGUUUGAGCCAUCUCCCUGAUUAAAAUUUUCGCCUUUCAAUUUGACAUGCUUUGAUAUUGUUGGGUGAAUGCACCAGAUGCUGGACUGCCAGUAUGAAGGAUUUGUGUCUGAAAGGAGCUGGUUGGUUCCUGUCGUAGAUGAGAUACGGAUUCAUAAGCUUGAUUUUUCACCCUUAUAAACUAGUUGCAUUAGAAAUUUUUUCAGAAAGAGAUCUUCAGUACUGCUAAAAAUACCAUUUCCAUUUGAAAAGUCCUUUUGAAGUGCGUUUUAAUCCUUUUGGUAAUCUUUUCACCUUGCUGGUGAGCCUUUUUUACUUGCUCGGUGUACAUCUUAUUGAAGGCCGCUGGAGAUGCUGUUAAACAUGUAUCUGAGUGGUAAAAAUGGCCAAUUACUAGCGAAAUAAUUCAAAUUUGGAAGAAUGGGGCUGUAGUUAAAUUGCAAAAUUUGAAAAUUUAAACCGGGUGCAGCUUGACUGAACAUAGAUAAAUAGGUUGAAUCCUUAAUCUGUAAGUACUGUUCUCGUAAUGUUGACAUUUAUGUGUGAUCUCUCUUGUUUACAAUGUUGCACACGAUAAAUCGUCAAUGAGAAACUUUCUGAACUUAUGAUCUUAACUUCCUUUCCAUUCUCAGAGUCAUUCUUUCAAUAUAUGCCCCCUUAGUUCCACUUUAUGUGAAUCCUCUGUUUAAUAAUCAUAAAGUGUAGCAUUAUACUGAUGCUUAAGCCAUCUUGUUUCUAUCCCUUCACAGAGUGCGUGUUAUCACUCGUACUACGAGCCUGAAUGGGAUUAUCCUCAGAAAUGUGAAAAUUGAAUUCAGACGGGUUGCAUUUAUGCCUUAGUCGUUGGAUUCGUGAAUGUAACAAGUGAUUGAAUAAACUGAUUGGGUGCAAUUGAAAAUUUGUAAACCUAAACAUGUGCCAGAAAAUCUCACAGUUUAUCUUAGUUUUGAAGGAAAGAAGAUGGAAGUGUCCCAUAAUUCGACACAUAUGCUUGAGAACUGGGUAUGCCUUUCCGUAAUGAAAAUCAAUUGUAUAGCAUCAGCUUUUAAAUUUUAGUGAUAGUAACUCUGUUCCUUCUUUGAAAACUCCUCUAGAGGAAUUUUUUAACUCGUUCAAACAUUGCUCAUUCUCGUUUUAUAAAUGGAGAAGGCCUUUUGUGGAUGAUUAUGGGAGAUGAAUCCCCAUGAUGAGCAUCUUGUCAUAUCUUUUUGACAAUUUACUAUAUAUUUUUGUCAAGCACUAUAUGCCUACUUACUCUCUUUUAUCAAGUUUUGCAAGGCUACGUUGUAUUUUUUUUUUUGCGAGGCUAAAUGGAAUUUUCCUCAGUAUGAUAUUAUAGAUUUACAGCUGUUUUGGAAGAGUUGUUCCUCCAGAACCACCGUCUUCUUAUGGGAGCGAGGCUGAAGUUAGAAAAAAAGCAUUUGAAUUAGACUAAUCACUGAGCUUCUUGGCUGUAUGAAUCCUUUUUAGUUUUUUUUAAGGACUCUUAAAAAAUAAAAAAAAUGCAAAUCCUUACUUUUCCCCUUGUUUAUUAUCAUUAUUUCAGGUGGUUUCAGUCAAGGUUAUUCGCAAUAAGCAGACUGGACUUUCGGAAGGUUAUGGUUUCAUUGAAUUCGUUAGCCAAGCUGCGGCAGAAAGAGCUCUGCAGGCCUUCAACGGGCAGCUGAUGCCAAAUGCUGAACAAACAUUUAGGCUAAACUGGGCUUCAUAUGGCGCAGGCGAGAAACGAUCAGAUGAAAGUAGUGAUUUCACAAUAUUUGUUGGAGACUUGGCUGCUGACGUUACAGACUAUAUGCUACAAGAGACAUUCAGGAGCCAUUACCCUUCUGUGAAGGGUGCUAAAGUUGUUAUGGACAGAAUUACUGGAAGGUCCAAGGGCUAUGGAUUUGUAAGGUUUGGAGAUGCGAAUGAGCAGACUCGUGCAAUGACUGAAAUGAAUGGUAUGUUUUGUUCCACAAGGCCUAUGAGAAUUGGUCCUGCAACCACUAAGAAGACAGUAACUGCUCAACCGAAAGGUAGAUGAUCAUAAUCCUGCUUUUCAUUAUUUGCAUGCUUUUUUUAUCGCCCUUAGUUUUCUUACUCGAAAGUUGUAUAUUAUAAGUCUGUUGAUGCUGUUUCUCUGGGAAAAGAUGACUUCUUUAUUUUGACUUGUUUCUCUUUUUCGUUAAACUAAUCAAUCUGAAUACUUGGUAUGAUAUUUCUAGAGAUGGAAUAGACCAGAUACUUUGUUAGAUUUCCUUCCAGUUAUGCAAGAUAUGCAGCAGUGUGCUGCCUCGAUUGAUGUACCGGCCAUUUCCUUCAAAGCACUUUCCUUUGUGAAAUUGGGCGUAUUUAAUAUAAUCUUAGAUUACAAAAACUCAUAAAAACUCAUUGUCUCGAAGCAGGAUGCCAAGAGGCUCACUUCAUAUAGGGGCCUGGAAAUGACUUCAGCUGUGAUGCAUAUGUUCUUUAGUACGUGGCCUCAUUUAGGUCAGUGUUCCUGAUUUUAUGCCAAGAUUCUGCCUUAAUUUGACGUAUCAGUGGCAUUCUUUAUGCUACAUUAACUAAUUACGUUCCAGUUCCUUACGUUUAGAAGACGUUCUCAAUUUCUCAAGCACUUUUUGAUAGCAUUUUAAGGGAUACUUUUACUCUUCCCAGUUCCUUCUAUUUUAAGUGUUCGUCGUUGAGCUAUUUCCUUGAUUGUUUUAUGCAUCCCCUCUAGUUUUGUUGGGGAAAGCUGGAACAAUCAGUGUUCUAGAUAAAUGUACGCUCCUUUUCAUUUUAUGGUUGAUGGGCAAUACUCUCCUACUUUUCUCGUUGUUUCAUUAAUAGUGAAUGUAAAUCUAUCCUAGAAAAAAAGGUGCCUGAUGAUAACACAGCUCUUUAAGCGGCUGCUGUCGGUGAUCUUAUCAGUGAACCUUGGAACGUCAUCUUUUUUUCUUGUGACAAUUAUUAGAUUUUAAAAUUUGUGUGUGGUGUACACUUGUUUCGUUCAUCCUUGCUUCAAGCUUAAACUCAUCCAUCGCACUCGAAUUCAGAACAUGUCUGUUUGAUCUUUGGAUAGAGGAUGGCCAUUGGAGUACUAAGACAGUCAUGCGUGUUGUGUCAUAUACUUGUUUCCGUUGGGACUGUAUCGUUCUUUCAAAGAAAGUUUGUCCCCAGCUUCAAGUACGUUUUUUCUCUUCAACUAGUUAACUUGUUCUUGUUUUUUUUUUUUUCUUUCUCUUACUAGAAAGCUUUUUAUAGUACUGCAACCUGAAUGUCUUGAACGGUGGACUUCUCUGCUCCGUGUAGUCAAAUGGUGCGAAUAGAAAAUUGGAUUUCUCAAGCCUAUUAUUAGUGGUAGUGUUACCAAGUUGGUAAAUCCUUGGUGGCAUUUACCCCAAAUAUUAUUGUCAGUCAAACUCGAUUUUCGGAAACAAGGAAAUCAAAAUAAGAGAUUUCCACCCUGCCCUUCAGGAUCGCGUUUAUUUGAAUGGAAGAUGUCAAGUGUACGAGUAUUUCCAUGAACGUGACACUUGCAGUAGGAAAUCUUUAACCUCACCCAUACAUUAGUGCAUAGGGACACGAUGAGGAAUAUUGAAAUACUUGCCUGUUUUCUCUUGAUUUCGUUUUAUGUGGAUUUCUUGUGAUUGCGUUACAUUUCUGUAGCUUUGUGCCCAUUUGUUUCUCUUAUCUGUCACAAGUGUUACCCAUUUUGAGUAAGGUAGCACAUGAAGUUAUUUGUCAUUAAGUCGAGUCAUGUUUUUGGUUGUGUCACCUGGCUUCUGUGUAGUGAACCGUUUCUUUCUUUGGAGUCUCUUUGUCCCGGUAUCUUGGCCCGAGGAAAAUGUGAAAAGUGAAUGAAUUGAUUUGAUGGGUGCUCCAAGCUAUUAAACACAUCUCUUGUAUAUCUAUUUAUUGACCAAAGUGGGCUACUCCAAGACAUGCAUAUCCAAAAUUUUCAAUGGACUUUUAGUGGAUUGAAGUGGUGUGCUAGUUUUCAUGUUAAUAUCAAUGAGUCCGUCACCUGAAUUCAGAAGGACAAGAAAAAAUCUUAAUUACCGUUUCUAUACUCUUCAUUGCCGUCUGGAAAGGCAUGAUACAAGACAAACAACGAAGGCUAAUAGCACCUUCAACGUGCAAAUAACUCUGAAAAGGGUCAUUACCUUCUGUCUGAUUUUCCCGUUUAGUGGAUUUAAAGCGUUUAAUGUUAUCUUUUCGUGUUUUCAAACAUUAUCUUAGUAUCCUCUCUGUUCUUGUUCGUAUUUCAGCCAUCAUUUCCGUAUUAUUUAGUCGAUUAGAGCCCAUCUUGCAGUAUUUUACUUGUUUUUUAAAUGCCGUCCACGGUCUCUUUUUUUCCUUGUUGAAAGGGGGGAGGGUCAUUGUUUGAUCCCUCGUUUGUAUUCCUGUGCUUGGGCUGGGCAAUGGCUACAUGGACUGGGUUUUUGUAUGGAGUGGCUGGUAUGAGUCCUUUGUCACUGGGUCUUCGAACAGUGAUAAGAGAACCCGAUCAUGGUAAAAACUGUAGAGUUCAAGCCAAUGUCACCCCGAGAAUAUUCUCCGUCGACAGAAUAUAGAAACUGAUGUUAUUUAGUACAAAAAAUAGCUUAAACUUCAGACAUUGGUUGCUUAAUUGAUGCUUAUCUUGCUCAAUGAAUCUACACUCUACCUCUUUUUUUCUUCUUUUAAUCCGUCAUCUCAUCGUUUUUCAGCAUUAUAUCUGAAUAUUUGAUGCUUGAGAUGGAUUAAUUAACGACUGCCUGUGCUGAAAAAUGAAAGCUCACGUUUUUGGAAGAAACUCCAUUGCAAAAGAACUCAGGCAAUAUCUUGUCUAGGUGGCUGUGAUUUCUAGUCUGGGUGUUCAACCCAGAUCCUUCAGAAUGAAACAUUAUCAAAAUAGUGAUAGGAAUAUCUUCACUGAAGAACAUGAACUCUUUCACAUGGAAACGCAUCAAGGUCUGUCAUCUGUUAUCUGUUUAACACAUACACUCUGAUUGAAGUAUAUAUUUAUUUAUUCUCUUUGAAUUGAGUUAGUCUUUGCCUCGCAUUGAGCCUCGGUGUUUUUAAUCAUAUGAAAUAUCGUGCAGUUCAAUGAUAAGAAAUCAUCUCAUCUUCCGUGUUAUCUGCAGCUUCUUACCCAGGCACCCAACCCACACAAACGGAUAUCGAUCCGAGCAAUACCACUGUGGGUAUUUAAUCUCUAACAUUAAUUUAAUUUUUUUUUGUUAUUUUAGUGAGGUAUUGAUGGGUACCAUAUUGUUGAGUGUAGAUCUUCGUGGGUGGGUUGGAUGCAUCUGUCACCGAUGAACUCCUGAAGCAAGUCUUCGGUCAGUAUGGAGAAUUGGUCGGUGUGAAGAUACCCGUUGGCAAGCGCUGUGGGUUUGUCCAAUUCGCGAGCAGGUUGACUCUCCUCCCUCACUGGGUCAACGAAUCGUAGUGAUUAGUUGUGCGGGUGGUUAUUAUUAGACACAAUCUAUGCUCAAACUAAUGCCUCUUCACUGAAAUCGCCUCUUCUCAGAGCCUGCGCCGAGGAAGCUCUGCUCAUGCUGAAUGGGGCCCAGUUGGGUGGCCAGAGCAUCCGGCUCUCGUGGGGCCGCAGCCCUUCCAGCAAGCCGGUGAGUCAGAUAACAUAUGUUCCUUGUGCGAAGUUCUACCGCCCCCUUCAUUCUCUUUCUCUCUCACUCUCCAUCUCUCUCUCUCACAGAUCCUUUGAAGAACGCUGAAAUUCUGCCUACUUUUCUUCUUCUUCUUCUUCAGCCCCAAACGGACCUGAGUCAGUGGGGAGGCGGGUACUACGGCUAUGGUGGGCAAGUCUACGAUGCGGCUGCAGCUUACGGCGGCUACCCUCCUCCUCAAGACCCCAAUGCGUAUGCUUAUGCCUCAUAUCAGGGAUAUCCAGGCUACCCACAACAGCAGCAGCAGCAGGUCAUCCAAAAAUUCCCACCCUUCUCUCUCUCUCUCUCUCUCUCUCUCCCCUCCUUCUCCAUGUUCUUGUUCUGCUUUGUUCUCUCUUCUCCCCAGAAAUCCCUCUCCUCAUUUUAUCAUUAUUAUAUUAUUACUACUACUACUACCAUUAUUUAUUUUUUUAACUUUGUCGUUGACUUUGGGGUUUCUAAUUGCAGUGAGUCGGCAUCUUUCUUGGGGAAGACGCUGGAUCUUCUCGGCGCCCCCCACCUUGGAUUUCCCUCUGUAAUGAGAAAGAAUGGCUGGUUUUGCCUGCCUGAUGGGGGUUCCUCUGGGUUUUUCCACUGUGACAAAGCUGGAAUGCUGGACGAUGUUAUGCUUUGCAGAAUUAUCCCGGUUGGGUUUUUGAUGGGUCCCACAUGUGAUCUUCCUGCGGUCAACGGGUUACUAUCUUAUCUUCAGCAGAUAAGGCCUCCACACAAUUUAUCCCCUCCCCCUCGCCCUGAGAGGGGAAGAGGGUUUUGGUUGGGUCCCACAUUUGAAGAUGGUAAACGGGCUGGCUCCCGAAGGCUACUAUCUAUCUUCAGCGGAGCGGGGCCUCUGGGAGGAGGGGAGGUGGCGGGAGUACAGAGCGUGGACCAUCUCUACGUAAUCGUUGAUCCUGGUUGGGUCCCACCCGUCGGUCUUGAUUGGGGAGAGGAACUCCACGGUCAACGGUGCCGGCCUCACCCGCAGGCUGUUCUUCCUCCAUGCCUUGUGCGCCCCCGUCACCACCAUCGGCACUAUCGGCAGCCCCGUCUGCAGUGCUAAGUGUACAAAUCCCUGCGCAUCGUCGCCACCAGAAAAUGGAAAGUCAACCCCCACCAGCUCGAUAGACAGAUGGAUAGAUAACGAGCGAGAGCGAGCGAGAGAGAGAGAGAGAGAGAGAGAGAGAGAGAGAGAGAGAGAGAGAGAGAGAGAACCCGGUACCUUCUUGAAGGGGAGGAGCCUGCCGGACUGGGAUCGAGUGCCCUCGGGAAAGAUGAUCAGGGAUAGGUUGUUCUUGACCACGGCGCGCGCCGCCUGGGCUUCGCCGGCGCCGGUGGCGGCGCCGCCACCGGAGAAGGGUUAGAAAGAUUAUCGAUCGAGUAUUAUUGGUCGUGAUUACUGGCAAUAAAUUACCUCUCUGACCGACUCGACGGCAGCGGUGGAGUUAGAGCGGUCAAUGCGGAGAUGGUUCGCCAGCACAUAGAGCUGCCCGAAGAGAGGGUACCAGAUGA